AUGCUUCCAAUGUCACCAAUGUGCAAUUUUCGGCCGCUGUGCAUGCCGAGAUGUUCACCAGCGAUGUGUCUUCCACAACCAAUGAUGCCAAUGAUGCCGAUGGCAGCUGCACCGAUGUUCUGCCAACCGAAUAACUUCAGUAUGAUUUCAACAUCAACUCUAAUGAGUGAAUACGAUUCACAAAUGUAUGGUCGAUUUCGACAUGUUGAACGUGAUCAUCCACGAUAUCGUCAUGCGCCUUUCGAUUGGUAUCGGCCUCCCAAACAGUGCUAUAAUAUCAUUCAUGAGGACGCAGCUGUUGUAACAAUGGAUGGACCUGUACCUAUUGGAGACUUUUAUCGCCAUUACAUCUACGGCGAUGAAUACGACGAAUACGAUGAAUACGAAGAUGAUGAUUCUACGCCGUAUGAUUCGGAUGAUUAUGAUGAUAUAGGAGAUUCGUCGUAUGAAGCAAGAAGUACCGGCUAUCGACGAUACCCGCAGAGAGGCUCGGAUUUCGAUGAUGACGAUAUUCCUGCACGGUCAGCGUUAAGUGGACGAAAUAAUUCAACAUUUGAUCCUAAUCGUCGAAGUACAAUGGCGUCGAAUCUAAAUCGACGCACUCGAUUAGCAACUGGAGAUGACGAUCUGGACGAUGCAGCUUCCAUAAACAGUACAUACGGAAAUUAA